AUGAAAAUUUUUGUGAUUUUUCUAUUUCUGCUUUACGAUGUGGAAUUAGCUGUGAAUCAAUGCAACACAUGCAUUCGAAUGUCUCAAUUCGUUCAGACGCUCAAGGGAAAGGAUUACGCCACAGUGAAUCAAGCAGCAAAAGACUCAUUGAGCUAUUAUACGGAAGAGGAUCGACAAUUUAUGACAACUGUUUUACAGUACAAUUUCCGCAAGUUCUAUUGGGAUAUCAAUGAUGGCGCUGGUGGAAUGUCUGUUGUAUCAACUUGCGCAGACAUGGGCUACUGCGAUCUGCCGCAAGAAUUUGCCCCAUCACUUCCAAUCAGUCCCCAAUUUGACUUAUUCUGGCAAAAUCACUCUGCAUUGAAGAAUACGAGGGAUAAGACAAUUAUCGUCUUGCAUGACACAGAGACACCAACAUUACAAGAAACUGUUGAAGUACUCAGAGAUCGGGGACUUUCUGUUACAUAUAUUGUUGAUAUUGAUGGUCAAGUGUAUCAAUAUGUGAGAGAUCAUAGAAGAGCUUGGCAUGCAGGAAGUGGGAUUUGGAGAGGAGAUGGUUGUGAUUAUGAUGACACAAAUACACGAUCUGUUGGAAUUGAGACAGUCAAUCACGGCAAUCAACCUUUCCCAUCAGCACAAGUUCGUGGAAUCUAUCAUUUGAUCGAUUAUUUGAGACUGAAAUGGCACGUCGACCCAUGGAACAUCAUUGCUCAUCACGAGAAUGGGCCUGACUAUAAAUAUGAUAUAUCUGGAUACUUUUCAUGGAAAGGACUCUAUGAUUAUUUGGGAUAUUUCAAAGAUUUGUGGAAAACAAAGCUAUCAAAAGAAGAUCAAUCAAAAGUUCUUCUCAGUGCAACGAUUACGAAUGACGCUCUGAAGACUCAAGUUCAACAAUAUCUAUUUGAUCAUGGUUAUGGAACAGUGAAUGUCGGUGAUCCAUACGAUUCAACAACAAAAGGAAAAGUCACAACAGCUAUGGCUAUUCAGUCAUUCAAUCGCAAAUUUUGCCCUGAGGUUUUCAUUCUUGAGGAUAUGACUGAUCAAGGAAAUCAAAUCAUCAAUCCACUUAAUCAACAGGUUUAUGGGUUGACUCUCGAAAGAUUGCAAUGGUUUGCCGCUAAUCAACCACAAAGAAAAUGCGUUAAUUAU